AUGCCUGACCUAGGAGACAAUGUCGACAUGGCGACCUUCUCUCAGAUCCUAGAGAUGGACGAGAGUGAGGACGAACGCGAGUUUUCCAAACCCCUCGUCCUUGGCUUCUUCGAGCAGGCAGAGGAAACCUUUGAGAAGAUGGACACGGCACUGGCUGCUAAGAACCUUAACGAACUCUCCGGUCUUGGACAUUUCUUGAAAGGGUCUUCGGCAACACUGGGCUUCAACAAGGUCAGAGAUAGUUGUCAAAUCAUCCAGCAAUACGGCCACAAGUUGACCGUGGACGGCGCUCCCGAGCCGGAUGAAACCGUCUGCCUCCGUAAGAUCACGGAAGCACUCAAGGCCCUCAAGGUGGACUUUGAGGAACUUGAAAAGCAACUGAAUAAAUUCUUUAGCGGUAACGACGCCAACGGAACCUAG